AUGCGACAAGGCUCGAGGGUGCGCGAUGAAGAGACCGAAACAGUACGGCGACGGAGAGAGCAGGUGCGGCUGAAUGUAGCAGCCCUACGACGCCGACGAAAGGCCCUCACAGGCAGCCAGCACGCGCAGCCAACGUGGAGCAACAAGACACAGCAUGACUUCGGGAAAGCUACGUGUAUAUCCGGCUCAAGAUCUCGCAAACACCCAGUCGAUGCUAGCGCCCUGUCGUCGGACCACGUGCUACUAGCCGUCCCCGUCGCCGGCCAGCAAUACGCCGAAGUGAUAGUCCAGUUCUUGCUCCAGCAGAUUCCGAAGAAAUCAGACAGUCAAGCCCCUUUCUGGCCGCCGCAUCAUUGGAUGAUCUUGCUAUCAGAGCACACGAUUGUGAAUGAGAGCCUCCAUCUUGCCAUCAAAGCCACGGCAUUGCGGGUUUUGAGUCUUGUUCGGCUGGAUCGGCAGGCGCAUAUCAGCGGCCUGAAUUUGUAUGGAAGGGCAUUACAGACGUUCCGCCAUGAGAUUAUAGAUGGUGUUUCAAGUCCAGGGGAUAUGAUUGCCACAGCUCUAAUGAUGGCAUCGUUUGAGCUGAUGAACCUGACUGCGGGCGGCGUCCAGCGUUGGCGAUCGCACGUGGAGAGCGUGCGACCGGUCAUGUUGAACUGGGCACGAUUCGCGACAGAUGACGCGUUUGGUAGGUCGCUGAUAAGCUGUUGGGAUACACAAAUGGUUUACUCCGAACUACUUGACGAGGAAAGUCGGGCCUGCGAACGGCAAAGCACAGAGGGGGGCUGUGGAGAUAUUCCCACGUGCACGACCCUAGAAAACUACAUGCUGGUCCAGCAGCGGAAACUGCUUUCCUUGAGCGCUGCGUUGCGCUUCAGCCCCUAUACGCACGAUCCGUUGGAAUCCGAAGUACCCGAGGACAGAUAUCGUGAGACUCUGACGACGGAACUCGAUCACACAUGUGAUAUUGUGGAGAAGAGGUAUGGUCUUCUUGGCAAAAUCAUGACUAUUCUGCCCAAGACGAUUGCCAGUCCUGGGGGCCUGGAUUCGGAGGUCGAUCUCGUGCAGUACAGACUAGGCUUGCAAUGA